GUAGUUUUUUGAAAAUCCGUUAAAGGAUGCAAGUUAACAGAUAGGAUAGAGUAAGUCUUUCCGUCAGGCGAUGUUGAAACUUCUAUCAUCAAAUAACGCGAUCCUCUGCACCAAAAGAUUCUCCAAUGUCUCACUGAGAAACUUCUCUUCAUCGUCAUCGUCGUCGUCAUCGCAGUUGCCCCCUUCGGAGCUCAUAAACACAUUAGUCAACUGUGAGAGGGUUUCUCAGGCUUUGGAAUUUUUUGAAUGUGUCUCCAAACGAGUGGAUUUAUCCAAAAACCCUAAACUCUAUUCAGCCAUUAUACAUGUGUCAACGGGUGCUGGAUUUUACAAGAAGGCCAGGUGCUUGACAAAAGACCUCAUCGAAACUGUCCAAAAGUCAAGAAAAUCUCGCCUCAUUGGCUCCUUGGUUUUUAACAUUCUGAACCGAUUUGAAAGCUCCAAAUCCACUCCUGCUGUGUUUUGUGUACUAAUUAUGGCCUUCUCUCAAAUGGGUCUUGUUGAUGAAGCAUCCUGGGUCUACAACAGGAUUGGGGCCUUGCCGGCUAUCCAAGCUUGCAACUCUCUCUUAGAUGCACUGCAUAAGGUGGGAAGAUUUGAUUCAAUGUGGGAACUUUACAAGGAAAUGGUAUCACGUGGGUUUGUCCCUAACGUUGUCACAUAUAGCAUUUUCAUCAAUGCUUACUGCAACCAAGGUGACAUUACAGGAGCGCGUCAACUAUUUACUGAAAUGACGAAGAAGAGGAUUGCUCCAACUGUUGUGCCCUACACCACCCUUAUCAGUGGUUUAUGCAAGGAGGGCUUGGUCUCGGAAGCCAUUGACAUAUUUAGGGUGAUGCAGCAGUCUAAUGUGUUCCCAAAUCUCCACACCUACAACAUACUGAUAGAUGGGUACUGCAAAUUGGCUGAGACGGGACAAGCACUUGAUCUUUUCAGGGAGAUGCUAGGAGUUGGCUUGCGGCCAAAUGUUGUAACAUUUGGUAUCUUGAUUGACGGGCUUUGCAAGGUGCAUGGUUCUGAUAAGGCCAGACUGUUUUUUGUCUUUUUGGCCAAAUACGGUAUUUCUCCAAAUGUGUUCAUCUAUAAUUCUUUGCUCGACAGCUACUGUAAGGCAGGCAAAUUGCCUGAAGCCUUGGAUCUUUGUUCGGAAAUGACAAAGAUAAGGAUUGUCCCUGAUGUCUUCACUUACAGCACACUUAUAAAGGGGCUAUUUGAUGCCAAAAGGUUGAAUGAAGGGGCUGACCUGUUCAAGAAAAUGUUGCAAGAGGGGAUUCCUGCAAAUUCUGUUGCAUACAAUACAUUGAUCGAUGGAUACUGUAAAGAUGGGGAUAUGAAGAAGGCACUGGAGGUGUGCACACAAAUGACAGAAAUGGGUAUAGAGCUGAAUUUAGUCACCUUCUCUUCCUUGAUAAACGGGUAUUGCAAGGAGGGGAACUUGGAGGCUGCUAUGGGGCUAUACACAGAAAUGCUGAUAAAAGGUUUCUCACCUGAUGUGGUUGCUUACACAGUUUUGAUUGAUGGGCAUUCGAAAAAUGGCUGCUUGAAAGAGGCAUUCCGGCUGCACAAAGUGAUGAUAGAGGCUGGCGUCAACCCAAACGUUUUCACCCUGAGUUGUCUGAUUGAUGGAUUGUGCAAGGAUGGGAAGAGUCGUGAUGCAAUCAAACUUUUAUUGGACAAUAUCGAAACUGAUUCUGGUCAAAGUGACAGAAAGCAGAUAAAGAGUGAAUGUUGUUCCCCAAAUCAUGUGACCUAUACAGCGUUAAUACAGGGUCUGUGUAGGGAUGGGCAGAUUUUGAAGGCCACUAAGUUUUUCAGAGACAUGAGAGCUUGCAGUCUGAUGCUAAAUAGUCUGAGUUACACAAUCAUUAUAAAUGGGCUUUUCCAAGCCAAGCAUAUGCUUUGUGCUAUGAUGUUGCAUGCUGAUAUGCUGAAGAUGGGUAUCAGACCCGAUGCUUUAAUAUAUGAUGUUUUGGCUAAAGGUUAUCGGGACAAUGGAGAUCAUAAAUCUGCGGUUAGAAUUUCAAAAGAGGCGGACAGCCUUGAAAUGGACUUUGGGGCUUCUAUUUCUCUCCCUUGGAAGUAACCUUGUGAAACAUUGGAAUUGACUGCAGAUUCCUACAUAACAUUGUCAAUUUCCUUCUC